CUUGCGUUGGAUAUUCUCUCUCGGUCAGUUCUCUCACCAACACCCUCACGCAUCUCCUUUGCUAAAUGUCGAAGUUUUAAAACGCGGUUUCGGGGAAUUAUCGUCUCGCAAUGGCGCUCGAAUCAACAAUGAAGAAGCGGUGAGAAAUCUUAAUCGACUGCGAAAUUUCCGCACUGAAGUUUCCGCGUUUCGGUUUUGUGACGUCGCUUUCUAUCGCUUACAUAUUCUGUGUUUUUUCUUGUUUUCCAGAACAAAUCUUCUAACCAUUGUAGACAGGCUCGUUAAAAAGACUGAAACGCGAGAGGAAGUCUCUGUUCCGAAAAAAAAGGUAUGUAGAGGAAGGUUAGACUUUGGCGAUCGCGCACGGCGCAAACUGGAAAAUAGGGUCAGAGACCGAAAUUUGAAGAAUCGAGGCCGUUUUGCGACGCGCUUUCCGCUUUCCUCUCGUUUUUUCGUUUUUAAGAAUUUGCGCAUCCAGAUAUUUGAUGAAAUUUUUUUAUCUGUUUCCUUGUAAGAUGUUUACGCAAGAAAUUUUGGCGAAAAAAAUUACGAUUUGCCGUGUAUGGCGUGGAACGAGUGCGAUUUUGUCCAUUUCGCGUACUUCGUCUAAGCGUGGAUACAGGGAGAAACCGUUGGCUGCGAGUAGAAUUUCGUCCUUCGUUCGUACUCUUAGCCCAAGGAAAGGCCAAAUUACUCGCGCUUUUACUUAUGAAUAAAUAUAUUAGGCUUAGUGGAAUGUUUUUUAGCUAAAUAUGAGUAAUGCGCACCGACAAAUGAAUAGUGUUGCUUUCGAUCUUGUUUAGACCUGCCUAAACCUUAUUGCCGGCCGGCUGUUUGCGAAUUGAAGAGGAUUUGUUUUGUGGCAUGGAAUCUCUCGCAACUGGCAAUUAGAUUUAAACACUCAGUUAAACUGUAUUAUUCAUCUCAAUGUGCGCAACCUUUAUAAACGAAAAUUCUAGCGAAAAUGUCAUUUUCUUGGGUGAAUUUUCGUAAAAAUUCUAGAACGCACAUAUUUUGUACUAAAACAUGGCGGCGGGCGCCGUUUAGAAACUAAAAGUAACGCGCUGGCCGAUAAAUGUUUGAGUUUUAUAACAAAUUCGCACCUUUGCAUCGAGAAAAACGUUCCAUCUGAGACCGAAGCGCUAGCUGCGAUGGCGCAAAGCAAAUAAACACAAAAAGAGGUACUUCGAUCUUUGCGUGCGUCAAGUUGUACUUUCUCACAGCCAAGAUUGCGUCGAGCAAACUACUAAAAAUUUCCGCUUGACUUAAGUGCGCGACUUCUUCAUAUUACGCACGAUUCUUAUUGAAAUGCUUUUGAAAUGUUGAACGAAAAUUUUUCCUAUGUCAGGUAGACUCACAGCUCAACUUUAAAUACAGGUUUGAUCUCGAAACAGUUGCAAACACUUAGGUUUUGCGUCAGGCGCACAAUCAUUAUUCGACACCUCGAUGCGAUGGCGAAUUUGUGACAGCAUUUGGCUUUAAAAAAUUCACGCAGGACGCGCAUUUCCUAUACAAUGCGAUCGAAAUUUAAUUUGCGCAUAACUCCUCAAUUGGGAGGUUUUCUUAGUGAUGUUCUGUUGUUUACAUUACUGCGCCUAGAGAAAACUGUUGAUUAGGGGGCGUUCUCUGAAACAUAAGAUGCGAAAUGAAGCCUAACUUCCAAGUCUCUUCCAUGAAGCCUAUCUGACUGGUCUCUAGUUUGCGAACUUGGGUUAUUUUAAUUUUGAUCAUGAAUGGUGACAUAGGUUAUGCCAAGGCCUUUUUUUUCACAGUAUGGACUAAACUAGUUUUGUUUUCAGCAAGUGUGGACAGAAAUGUUACAUAAAUUGUUAAUAAAAGUUAUUUUGCUAGAUUUUGUUUUAUUGUGAAAGAAAGUAGAUGAAAGUCAUUUAAGAUGGUUAUACUUUCAUUUACUACCCUUUCCCAGAGGCAGUUUUUAAUUUGCAGCUCCUAGGAAUCCAGUAAAUGUACAAUAUUUCAUACAGCAUGCAAAAGGCCAAGAGUGGUGUCACGUGGAAUUUAUGGUGGCACUUGUAACUUGGAGAUUUCGUUGGCUCAAAUUGUUAACAGUUGCAUGAUUUGAUCUUUUAACUUUUACGGCCAAUUUAAACUACUGAAAACCUGUCAGCUGGUAGAUAAAUUAUCUGAUUCCUAGUGAUCAAUAAUUCAUCCGAUUAAUGUACAUUAAUUUCUGAAUUAGUUUGCCCUUUGUCAGCCAUAAAUGCUACAUGCCACCAAAUUGCUUGAGUUGGGACCAAAAUUAAAGUUUGGUAGUCAAAGUUUGUUUUUCACAUCAGGAGCUGAAAGAGUCUGGUCAUGACAGAAAUUGAAAUAGUGCUUGACUGUCCAACAAAUGGUAAAUAUUUAUAGCAUUUACAUUUUACUUCCUGUUUUAGGAUGAACACUUGUCUCCUCUAAGACCAGCUGUGCCUAUCAGGUAACUACAAUUCAACUAUUAUCUUUGCAAAAUAUACCUUAUUUGCUUGAUAUUUAACAAACAUCGUACAUCAUUAAUUAAGUUUGGCACUGACUUUAGUUAGUGAAGUUUCAAUGAUUUCAUCAGCCAAAAGAGGUUUGAUGAAAUAAGUAUUCUGUAUACAAUGUCAGAUAUAUAUGUCAUUACACAAGAAAUUAUUGUUCAAUGCAUAAAAUAUUUUGCCAUUAGAUGUGUGGGAAAAGUUAUUUGUUUAGCUGAAAAACUUAAAAAUGCACUUCAUCAACAGUGAUGAAUUGUGAUUGAGUUACUGAUUCUCUAAGUAGUUAGCAACUUACCUCUUCUCGCAUUUUCAAGACAAUAUCCAGCCAAUAGGUUGUGAGAUUGGAUUAAGUUUUCAGCUAAAGGUUUUGUGUAGACAAAAUUUUUAAUUCUUACAGCCAAUUUACAAGGAAAUGUGUUUGAGCGGUAAAUGAGAAUUGAUCAAGGAUAUUUAGUGAGUAACAAUGUUUCAGGGGAAUUUCAAUAAUUUUGGUUUCAUCAGUAAGCCACUAGACACAAAAUUUGAUUUGACUAAUCUUGUAAUCUGGAGGAUGAGGGUAGUCCUGAGAAGGACUAUUGGUAGUAUUAGAGACUGAUGCUUUAACAGCAGUCAUCAUUAGAGUCAUGUCUCAACUCUGAUGAUGACUUUGCCUAAGUUGUCGAAACAUCAGCCAUUACUACCAACAACAGUCCUUCUCAGGACUUCUCUUACCUGGAUGAUCAGCUGGACUACACAAUGAAUUAUUACCAGUGGGAUGAAACUAUUUACUGCUAAAGCUUCCUCAAUCUUGAAAUGCCUCAUUUAGUACUUUAAUUAACAAUUUUGGUGUCAUAGUAACAGCAGGUCAUAUUUAUUACCACCCACACCAUCAUCGGAUCCAGCAUCACCCUCCGUCAGUGAUCAGGAGAGUGUCAGUGAUGAUGAACAAGUAAAUGACAAACAAACCGUUGUAGAGGAAGAAAAAGAGGAAGUCAAGAAAGGUGAGUUGACAGUACAAGGAUCUGAGAGAUCAAUGAAAAAAUUUGCUAAGAAUUAUUAGACCAGGAAGUGGGAACAUUGUGAAACCCCAAACCCCUACAAGUUUUUUAUUUGCCUAAGUUUGUCAAUAUUAGUUCUAGUUCAACUUUGGAGCCCAUCUCAUGUUAUUACAUGAGAAAAAUCCCAGACUUGGAAGGAUUUCUCUAAAAAAUUUAUCCUGGAAUAAUAACACUGUGACUGAAAUGGAAGACACAAUAGAUAUUAGAGAUUUUUUUUUUUUUUUUUUUGAAUCCCAGGUAUGGAAAACAUGGUGGUCUAGUGGUUGGCAUACUGGAUUCUUACCCCCUAAACCCCCAGAAGUGACUGACAUGUUACUUCUCCUUCUGAUUCUAAUAUGUUAUCAUGCAAAAAAGUUCUGAGAACGCACAAGCUUAUCAGCUAGAGGGUGUUCAUUUAUAAUGCCAAAUUCUCCUGUCUAAUUUAUAAGGAACUGUAUGGCAGUCAGAAAGGAGAAAUACUUAUUUCAUCUUGGGAUUUAAAGGUUUGAUAGAGUGGUGUAGGUUCAAUCACUGGCUAAGCAAGACAUGUAACCUUACAGAAUUUUUUUGGCGCACAUGAAGUUUGGUAAUCCUUUAUUAAUGCUGAAUGGUACAGGCAACAUAAAUGUCUAUACUUUUGUAUAAGUCUAUUCUUUUGUAAAUGUAUAGAUUAUUAUGUUGUCCAAAAGCAAUAGCACAGAUGAGAGCCCAGUCUCAUUUUCUUUCCACAGGUGUUCCCAAGCAACCACCAAGAUGUGAUGUGUGUGGGUUAAGAGCAUUCAAGUCUUACCGUUUCAUCAGUCGCACCAGUGCACCAGUGCACUUAAAAAGCUUUGUCACCCCAGAGCAUGACCGCCUCAGGGUUUGCAAAAGAUGUUUCAGCUCACGAGAGCGCUGCCGGCAAAACCUGGCGCUCAUAUUGCUGCGUUCCAAGACCAGCCAGAGGAUUCAUCUGCGGACACCUCUUGGUGUUACCUACAAUCGUGCCUCUAAAGGUAUGGAUUACAUUGCACGAGACCUCAAGAAAAGGUUGAAAAGGCCCUAUGAGGACCUCCUCUGUGAUGAAACAAUGGCUGAUGAAGAUGAAAUGGAAGUAGAAGAUGAAAGAUUUAUGUUGAGUGGAAGUAAAACAAAGAAUAAAGAAGGACAAUUCCCUAAACUAAUUUUGGCUGAAAAUGGAAAUUUUAAGCAAAGUGUAGUUACACCACCCUCUCCUGUUAAAAGUGUUGGAAUUGUGACCGUUGUGAGGCAUCAAAGUGGAAAAUACAAUUCUACACCAAAUUGUUUCACACUUUAUGGAGAUGUUGACAGCCUAAAGGACAAGGAUAAAGCAAGUGAGCAAGUUGAGAAACAGAACGAAAAUAAUGCUCCAGUAAAUGUAACAGAAAAUCUCAAAAAACUUGUGGAUCACAAUAAUUCCCUGCCAACAUCUCUGAGUGGAUCAGAGAAUUCUGAGAUAAACAACAUCAAUAACAAGCUGACAUUUCUGGACCAUGCCUAUGCCUUACCACCCCCCAAGGGUAAGAUGUCACCAUCUCAUAAUGCAAUCCCUAAGCCUGUGAAGUCUCCUCUUCCAAAGGCAGCCAAAGUGGAGAGUGGUGUUAAACAAGAGCCUCAGAAAAAGACAGGUAAUUCUAAUCUGUACCUUAUUUGAAUAAAAAAUUAGAGUCGUGAGAUUAAUUAGGAAAUGAUCACCAGCUUAACCCUUUCACUCCCAAGAUCUAAUUAGUAAUUCUCCUUACUAUCUGCCAUACAAUUCUUAUGAUGUUAGUUCAGAGAAUUUGGUAUUGGAUCAACUAAUAAUCCCAUAAUUGAUAUUGUUCUCUAUUCUCAUCACCUACCUGCUUGAUAUUGUAUUGGUAUUGUAAGGAGAAAUUCUGUCUUGGUCACUUGUGGGAGUGAAAUGGUUAAGAAAUUCUUGAUUGUUUCACUUAUCCUUAUCAUCAGAAAUGUAUAGAGAACAGUGUGGAGAAUAUGCACACUGAUAUUAGGGUGUAAAGGAUUAUUUAGGGGACUGGUAAAGUAUGAUGGAGAAAAUCAAAGAUGAAAACAUGGUCAUGCUCAAUCUCUUUCCAAUUACUUCCUUCAACUUUCAAUUUUAUUGGUUUAUUUUUAAAUCUGCAGAUGGCCAGACAUCUACUACAGAAAGAACUUGUGGAAUAGUCUGCUUUCUUUGUGACAAACUGGUCACAAAAUCCUACAGCUGUUACAAGAAGGAAAAUGCCCCUGAUAAAAUCAAGCAUCUGUUUACUCCUGGAGUGAAGAUUGUCAAAGUUUGCCGUAGGUGUAUGCCUUAUAAGAAACCCAAAGAAGCUGAUAAUGGGACAGGAGCUGGCAAAGGGAAAGUGAAGGUUGUCAAAGGAAAACUUGCAAAACUUCACACUGCCAAGCUGAUCAAAAAUGCCAAAACAAUUGGAAAGGUCAAUUCUGUCAAGGGAAGUGAGAAAGCAAAGGUCACAAGCGUGGAAAAGAACAGUGUAAAGUCACCAGUAAGAGAUGACAAGAAAAGAAAAGAGAGUGGAAAGGAUGAGAAGUCCAAACCUCAACCAGCUUCGAAGAAAUUGUGUACACCAGCUGUACAAACAAAGAAGGCUCCAUCAACAAAGGGAGUGUUGACUAAAGAAUAUAAAAUAGUGAAUGUGAAGUUUGUGUCAGCUGUGCCAAAGGGCAUUCAGACGAUUGUCAAAGGAGCAUCAAAGACUGAUGUUGGAAAAUCAAACAAAGGUUCUAAUAUGAGUAGUAAGGCAUCAUCAACCUUACCAAAAAGCAAUGUACCAAAAAGUGAUAUGAACUUGACAGAAAAAGCGAACAAUAACAUUACAGUUGAAAAAGAAACUGCUACAGCAAGUAAGCUGAAGUCAGUGUCAGUGAAAGUAGAUUCUGGGACACAGUCAAUGAAGUCUAUGAUUGGUAUCAGCAAAGUUAAAGGUAAGGAAAGUGAUUCAUCAUCACCAAGUGAGGGUGUUUCGAAAGAUGAUACAGAUUUGUCGAUGAGUAAAAAUGGGGACUCUCGAGAGAUAAAUGAUGUUGAUGUUUCAGAUGUGCCUAAGGAAAAAGAAAGAGUGACAGAAAAUAUAUGUGCUGAAUCAAAAGCAAGUGAAGAUGUUUCUACUAUUGAUGUGGAGGACAUUUCAAAAACAAGCUCUAAAGAGAAGAACAGAGAAGAAAUGAAUUCAAAAAUGACUGUAACAGACAAAGAACCAAAAGAUAAACAGAAUGAAAAAGAAGGAGAAAAACUUGAAGAAAGUAAAUUGGAAUCUAAAAAUACAGAGGAACCCAAAGAGUCAAAGGAAGUCAAGGAAAAAACAACAGACUCUAAAAGCAUUUUGGAUAUUAUUAUGACGAGGGGAAGACGAUCAGCAUCACUCUCUCCAGUUGUAUUGAGAGGGACAGAUUCUUCUGAAGUUGCAUCACCAAGGAAGGGAAGAAGUUCAGGGACUCCAGACAGAAAACGCGAAGAUAAACAAAUAAUGCCAACAAUAAUGACCCGAAAGAGACUGGCUUCAUUUUCUGAGUCAGAGGCAGAGAAAAAAACAGAUGAAACUCCUGGUGGCAAAAGGAGGGCUGUUGCUGCUGCCUUGCUUGAGAAAAUGUCCAGGAAAACUAAUGAUAUACCAUCUUCCGCAAGUACUGCUUCAAGCAAAGUAAAGCAAGAGCAUACUUAUGCAAAGGAAACUAAAGAUGCAAAAGAACCAGAUAAAGAAGGUGAGAACACAUUUCCGCAGAAAAAAAAUUAAUUAACAUCAAACCUUUUACUCCCAAUUCCCCCCCCCCCUAGCUGCUACUCAUUUCCCUGUAAAUUAGUUACAAGAAUUUGUUGUGAAAGGGUUAAUACAUACAUUCACAAAAAUAAAAAAAUAUGUAAAUUUUUGAGGUCAUCUUACAUAAGGGUUUUUGCUCCUAAAGCAUGCUCCAAGGUCAUUUUGCAUGACAUGUAUACUUGAGGGAGCAUACUAUUGGAGUUUGCCCCUGAUUAUACUAAACAUAGAGAGCAUUUUGAGGGUUUAAAUAAUACUUUCAGAGAUGGACUAUACCUAUGAAAUUAUUCAUACUCAGCAUGAACUUGAGGAAUGGAAUCUGGGAGCAAGACACAUUUGUGUGCAUUGGCUUAAAUGCACAGAAAACAAUUAGUAUAGGUAAUAAGUUAAACAUGAUUUUGAGUGAAAUGUGGUGUUAAUAAGCACAAGUAAAUUUUUCAAAGACAACAAAAUUGCAUGAGUGCAAUUUAUAGUCUUUGAAAUAUUUAAAAGUGCUUAUUACACCAAAUUGCAAGAGAAACCAUGUUAUUACUUGUAAAUAAUGUACAUGAAAAAACAUCACAGAAAGUCGACACAAACAAAAUUUUGAAAGCGGGCAUGGGCUAUUUGUAAUUUUCACAUGUGUUACAACUUUGCCCUCCUGUUACAUAUGAAUGCAAUUGUUUUCAACGAAUCAGAAACAUGUAAUUUUUCAUGUACAUUAUUAGGGCAAAAAAAGGUAACGAUAUAUUUAUUUGACCACAUCAGUGAUGUUUUGUUUUUUUGGCUUUUUUUAUCUAGUAAAGGGGCAUUCUAUGACAAGAAGAAAUCAAGUACCUGUGAAAUGUGCAGGAUGCAAUGAAAAGGUUGUGAAGUCAUACAGAUGUGUUAUGCGCACUGAAGCUCCUUCACAUAUCAAACCAUUAUUUGCCCAGCAGCCAGGAGAGAUGCUGCGGAUUUGCAGAAAAUGCGUAAAGAAAAAGGAAAUUGGUAAUGGCAAGAGUAGUUCCUGAAGCAGAUAAUUUUAUGAUGUUUCUUAAGUUAUUUACAACUCCAGGUAUCCUGAGGUACUGAAACUAUGACAUAAAUUGAUACAAUCAAAUUUUUGUGCAAACAGUUUUACAGGUAGUAAAACUAAGUUAUUUAUCUUCAAGUAUUUGACUUAUUACAGUGCAUCUGAUUAAACUGGAGCCAUAGCAAUAAAAGGUAAUUUGAAAGCUGAUUUAAAUAUCAAGCAAUUUCAACCUACCUGACACUUUUCUGAAUGGUAUAAAUCACCCAACAACCUAGUUGUAACUAAAAGCAGUAAUUUAAAUUUUCAAAUACGUUCUCCUUCAACAUGUAAAGGAUGUAAAAUUACCAAAGAUCAAUGGCUGGAACUUGACUUUUAACAUGCCUUCUUGGAAAUAAAAAUUAAUUGAGUAAGAGGAGAUUUCCUUUUAUUGCCAUGGUGGCUCCAGUUUCAGCUGAUGCUUUGUGGCACAUCUUUGUGCCUGUGUUGGAUACACAUACACAGUGCUUCCCCUAGAAAUUAACCUAUAUGUAACUACCAAACCUAAUGACUUGGUAUGUAGGUUUUUUGCACACAAAAAUAGGGGUAAACUAUUGAAAUAAGUACAUUGUUGUAAUUGGCAUCAGCAGCAUUACAUUAAUAUUCUUGAGCUGUUUGUAUGCAUUUCAGUAUUUAAGUGUUAUUGCAGUUUAUUAUAUGUAUGUUAAUCCUUUACCUCUUAACAUCAGUAUGCACAUUCUCCAUAUUGUUCUCUACACAUUUCCUAAGAAGCUGAUUAGGAGAAUUUGUUUAACAGUCAAGAGCUGCUUUAGUUGGUGAUCAUCUCCUCAAUUCUUAUAAUUUUCAUGUUUGAUUCAAGGGUGAUAUAGUAGGGAGAAAUUAGAUGCUAGUCACUCUUAGAGGCCAAAGGGUUGAUCAACACUUCCAGUCCUGCAAAUUGUGUUGGACAGAAGUAAGAGAGAUGAGAUAUUCUCACACCAGGAUCAAUGCAUGAAUAGGCUCAACCUUUUGACUGGCAAUAAUAUGAACAUCGUCAAAUCUCAAUUUCCCAGUUUCACAUUUUGGACACUCACAUCAAGAACAGGUGAUUGACUCUGGGAUUAGCAAGUAUUUUAGUUCUUUGGGGAAAAAAAAAUUUACAUUUUGAGAUUACGGAGAUUUUUCCUUGGAACUUAUUAUGAUUUUCUGUAAAAGCAGGGAUAUUUACCUUUCUCUCUCUUUUUCUUUUCUUUUUUUCAAUUAGUAUGGAAGGGAACUAUUAGAUUGUGUCGUGGAGUGGAAGGCUUAUUAAGUGUCCAGAAUCUCCAUUUUCUUUUCACUCUUAGGCCCUUAGGUUUGAGAAGUCAAAACACUUCUGUUGUCUUUCUAUUUCACAAUGACAUGUGUUUUUGUCUAGUAAGGAUGCAUUCAUCUUAUUUUUAGUAUGUUAAGAGAGCAUCAUGGUCCAAAAUAUUUUAAAGGUCAAAUUUUGAUGAUCCUUUUGGGCCUUUCCAAAUUGAUUCCUUCUUCAUUACAUCUGAAAUAAACACAAAAUCAUAGAAGUCUAGAAACUAGGCACAUAACUGUGCUAGCCUGAUAUAAUUUUUGUGAAGUGUUAACUCCAUGUUUGAUGAGCACAUGUGAUCAAGAAGGCACAUUUUGGGAUUUUUCUCCAAACCAGAGAAAAUUUGAAAAUUUGGACUGGGCAGAUUUUAGUAGAAAAAAUUGUUCAGUAACACUAAGUUCACCAGAUCACCCUAAGCUAUUGCUGACCUUGAUUCUGAAGAAUUAAUUGGUUAUCAUCUCCAUGUUAGAUCUAUUUGAUAGAAACUUCGGUUUAAAGGAGCUCUGUUUCAUGCUUGUAAAUAGCAAAGAAUUAAAAAAGAUUGAAUAGGUACAUAUUUUAAGGCUGUAAAUUUUAAAUAUGCCUGACAAAUCAGAGAAAUUUGGUAUUAUUAUUUGUAUUCCUUGCCACAUUUAUCAGUUAUACACCAGCAUGUAUUGAUGCCUAAUUUUGAAUGUGAGAUGUAUUAGUAUGUUCAUGAAUUACAAGGAAAAUAAUACAUUUUGCUUAUAAGAAACAUCAUUGUAUAUUUUUGUUUUAAUUCUUUCCAUGACCUCAUUUUUUAAGACAGUAUAACACUUUCAAAAGUAGUGGUGGAUUCAAGGGAGGGUGAAGGGGCUGUUUGGAGACUGUGACCUGGUAGCAUAGCCCAGUUAAAGCUAUAUGGGUGAUAUAACCAGUAAUUGGUUGACCAUAAAUUUUCCAGCUUUUGCAACAAAGCUAAAACCUCGAUUGAGGCACUCUGCCAGGAC